AUGAAACUGUACUACAUGGGAAUCAUCCGGCCAAAAUCCGGCUCCAAGAAGACUCUCACGCUCUGUGAACAGAAGAAUCUCGCCGAUUUCUCCUUUUUCCAGAAAAAUAGCGUGGGCCAGUUUAUGACUUUCUUUUCUGAGACUAUCGCCGAGAGAACCAAACCUUCGCAACGUCAGAGUGUUGAAGAGGGUAACUAUGUUGGUCACGUGUAUACAAGAGCCGAAGGUGUUUCCGGUGUCUUAAUUACUGACAAGGAUUACCCCAUUCGUCCUGCUUAUACACUCCUCAACAAGCUACUGGACGAAUAUAUAAGCCAACAUCCGGCGUCAGAUUGGCAAGAUUUGGACGAGGCCACGGAUAUUUGUCAAAUGGAUCAGUUAUCUGAUUACAUAAUCAAAUAUCAGAAUCCAACUAAGGCAGAUGCCAUCAUGAAGGUUCAGCAAGAGUUGGACGACACUAAGAUUGUUCUACAGAAGAGUAUUGAGAGCGUUUUACAGAGAGGCGAGCAGUUGGAUUCGUUGGUUGAUAAAUCGGAGGCUCUUACUGCCAGCUCUAAAACAUUUUAUAAGCAAGCGAAGAAGACUAAUUCUUGCUGUGUUAUAGUUUAG